GAAGUAACUCUGUUGUAGUAUCAGACGAACACUUUAUCAAUUAGCGUCAACUUGGAAGCGAAUCAAACUCCACGAUGAAUCAUUUUGUUGUUUUGUCACUGGUAAUUUUCUUUACUUUUUGUGCUUCAGUAACUUUAGGUGGUGAUUUAGCGAAAUUGCUGCGACGGAAUCCUUGCUUCAAAUCCAAUUUUUCGUCCAAAUAUCCGAGAGAAGUCAGAACUUAUGCUCGUCCACAUGAAGUCUUAAGAUAUGAAGAUAUUCCCAAGAGUUGGGAUUGGCGUAACAUGAAUGGUAUCAAUUAUGCAAGCACAAACCGUAACCAACAUAUUCCACAAUACUGUGGAUCCUGCUGGGCCAUGGGCGCAACCAGUGCACUUGCUGAUAGAAUCAACAUUCAUCGAUCUUACCCCUGGCCUCCUGCUUACUUAUCUGUCCAGGAAGUCAUUGAUUGUGCAAAUGCAGGCAGCUGCGAAGGUGGAGAUGACACUGGUGUAUAUGCUUAUGCUCAUGCCCAUGGGCUAGUGGAUGAAACUUGCAACAAUUACCAAGCCAAGAACCAAGAUUGCCCAAAGUUUAAUAGAUGUGGCACAUGUAAAACGUUUGGAGAAUGUGCACCAGUCAAAAAUUACACCAUUUGGUAUGUCGCUGAUUAUGGCAGCGUCUCUGGAAUUGAAAAGAUGAAGGCAGAAAUAUAUAAAAAAGGACCAAUCAGCUGUGGAAUGAUGGUCACAAAUGGAUUUGAGGAUUAUGCUGGUGGUGUGUACAAAGAAUAUAAUAAAGCAAUAAUGAUAAACCAUAUUAUUUCCAUUGUUGGCUGGGGAGUUGAUAAUAGCACUGGUAUUGAAUAUUGGCUUGGCAGAAAUUCCUGGGGAUCAUUUUGGGGUGAACAAGGAUGGUUCCGUAUUGUAACAAGUGCCUACAAGAAUGGUGGAUCAUCAUACAAUUUAGGAAUUGAGUCACAGUGCAAUUAUGGUGACCCAAUUAUCCCUAAAAAUUAAAAUCUUUUAACAAAUUUCAUUGGGUGUUACUAAAAAUUAAAUCCAAAUAUUUUCUUUUUUGAAAUAAUUAAACUUAAAAGCUUUACUCUAAAAACUAAUUAACAUUUACUCACCGAUGAGAAUAUCUAUUUAAAAGUAUUAUUUAUAUAAUUUUAAUGUCCUCAGCAUAUUACAUCGCCAUAUUAAAAUAUUAAAAGAGAUUAUAAUUAAGACUUAAUCAGAAUAAAAAUCUUUAUUUAUCAAUAAACAUUAAAAGCACAAACAGUGGAAUAUUUUUCAAAUCCUAAAUAUACUCA